AUGUCGUGGCAACAGGGCCAAGGUCAAGAUGACCCACUGGCUUACGGGAAUGACUUUUCAAAUUCUCGAGGCAGCGGGCAGGGCGGAAAGGACCGCUCAUUUCUAGGCGAUACAUUGAACAAGUUUAAGACGAGAUAUGGUCAAUCGGGAACGCAGAAUGACUUUGGAUAUACUUCCGGACCUCCUUCCCAGCCAUCGUCAUCGCAACAUGGUCGCCCUACCAGUAGUGGCGGAUACUAUGGCUACGGGCAGCCAACUCAAGGUCAGGGCUCACAGCCGGCGUAUCCAGGCGGGCCUCCACCGGCUGCACCUGGCCAGAAGCAGGACUUUGGCGACAAGCUGUUUGGCGCCUUGCACGGCACUAUUCACAGCAUCGGUUCAGACAUCGCCGGAUUAAUGGGCGACAGACCUGCUGAACAACCCAGCCAAGGUCAGUACCAGAGCCAGAACCAGUGGCAGCAGAGUCAGAGUUGGCAGGCCGGCUCUGUUCAAGGCCCUCAGAAGAAUCGCUACGAUAGCUUCGCUUCAGAGAGAAGCGGCAACGAUGUGAAGUGGUACGUAGACGGUGCCGGUUACUUUUACGCCGUCAGCCUGGCUUUGGAAUCUGCAAGGGAGUCUAUUUGGAUCCUUGACUGGUGGCUAACCCCAGAGCUGUACCUGAGACGACCGCCGUCGAAGAACGAGCAGUGGCGUAUCGACCGGACACUCCAGAGAGCGGCUCAACGAGGCGUCAAGGUCAGUAUCAUUGUCUACAAAGAAGUGACUCAGGCCCUGACGCUUUCGUCUGCUCAUACUAAGCAUGCUCUGGAAGCUCUGCAUCCAAACAUUGCUGUCUUCCGUCAUCCAGACCACCUCCCUGAUGCUCAAACAGCGCAGUCGUCUCUAGUGUCGGCCUUCCAAGGCCUCAAACUGGAUGCUGCAGGCCUGGCUAAGGUGGGAGCUGACACAUUGAAAGGUGCCUAUGGUCUGACUGAUGACGUGAUACUUUAUUGGGCGCACCAUGAGAAGCUCCUGAUUGUCGAUGGAAGACUCGCUUUCAUGGGCGGGUUGGACCUCUGCUUUGGAAGAUGGGACACGAAUCAGCACUCUAUCAGCGAUGUUCAUCCAAGCGACGUGAACCUGACCUUAUUCCCUGGCCAGGACUACAAUAAUGCACGAGUCAUGGACUUCAGCGACGUUGCACAGCCAUUCCAGAACAAGCUCGACCGAACGAAGAGCUCUCGCAUGGGGUGGUCCGACCUGUCUAUCUCGCUACAUGGGCAAUGUGUCCAAGAUCUUCGUCACCACUUCAUUGACAGAUGGAACUUCAUCUACGACGAGAAAUAUAAUGUUCGAAGAGACGCAAGAUACUCGCGCAUAGGUAAUGCUUUCCCACAUACAUCGACGCAGCCUUUACCGCAGUCCGCUCAGCAGCAACACCAGCAAGGUCAGCCAGGCCAGACGUCGCAGCUGGUAGGCCAGCAGUAUAACACCCUCGCCUGGUCGGCGCCUAUGACUACACAGGAUUCAGCGACCGUGUCACAAACAUCCGGCAGUAAUUUCCCACCACCGCCGGGAAGUCAACCAUACACGGCGCCAGCGUGGUCAAGUACCUCUCAGCCAAGUACUUCCGGCGUCCAGAGCUCCUCGCAGUGGCAGGAACAGGGUAGUGCCCAACCAUAUGGCCAGUCAAUCAGCACUAGCAGACCUCACACGCCAAAUGCCCAAUCCUGGCAGCAUCCACAAAGCGAUCCUCAAGCUGUUUACGAAGCGGCUGGCCAAGCAAUUCCACCACCUCCACCAGGGCCACCUCCUCCAGGUCCAAAUUGGGAGACCAAGCCGUCCUAUCAGCCGCCGCAGCACGCGGAUACAUGGCAAUCGGUCGGACCGCAACCUCCACUUUCACAAACGCAGACUUGGCAAUCGACGCAGAGUCAGCCAACGGCCCCACAGCAGUAUUCCGCGUACCACGACUCGACGCAGUCCGGCUACACGCCGACUGGACAAAGUCAGGACCCGUACCAGCACUCGAGUUAUCAAGCCCCGGCAGGGUCACAUACUCGUGGCUUUGAUGAGAGCCAGCCAUACGCGGGUGGCGAGCGUGGUUUAGGUUAUGAUCAGCAGUACAGUACGGAACGAGGCGACUCUCAAGGCAGAGAGCGCGGUAUGAAGGGUCGCUUCAACGAGUACCGACAGCAAGGCAAGCUUCUGGGACAGGAGCUUACCUCCCUAGGAAACUAUGUUCAGGGUGGCCUCAACACGAAGAUGCAACACUACGAGAACAGAAUCUUCGCCUCCCGUGGGCCUAUGAAUUGCCAGCUCCUACGAAGCUGCACAAAGUGGAGCAACGGCACGGCCACAGAACAUUCGAUUCAGAAUGCUUAUAUCUCCUUGAUCGAGCAGAGCGAGCAUUUCGUCUACAUUGAGAAUCAGUUCUUCAUCACAGCGACUGGUGAUAAGCAAAAGUCGGUGAAGAACUUGAUUGGUAAAGCGUUGGUCGAUCGCAUUCUCCGAGCCGCACGAAAUGGGCAGAAGUAUAAGGUGGUUGUGCUCAUGCCAGCUGUGCCAGCGUUUGCGGGCGAUUUGCGCGAUGAUGACUCGCUCGGGACACGAGCAAUCAUGGAAUUUCAGUACAAUUCUAUCAACCGUGGUGGCGAGUCGAUCUUGGAGCUGAUCGCGAAGGCUGGCUACAACCCGAUGGAGUAUAUCCGCUUCUACAAUCUACGAAAUUACGAUCGAAUCAAUGUUAGCAAUUCCAUGGCUCGAGUAGAGCAACAAAGCGGCGUGAGCUAUGAAGACGCUCGCAAACAGCACGAUGAUAUGGUCGGCUCUGGGUGGUAUCCGUCUGGAGAGGGCACUAGCGCCCGCCCUGGCGUUCCUGGUUACCAGUACCAGCAAUUUCAACAAGCAGCGCCCGGGUCCAAGCUCGGGGAUCGCUGGGAUUCUGUAGCAGAAUGCUACAUGCUUGGAGGUGAGGACAUUCGACGGGUGCCCUGGAACGGUCCACCAGAAGCCGAACUGGACGCUUUCGUCAGCGAAGAGCUUUACAUCCACACUAAGUGCAUGAUUGUUGACGAUCGAUACGUGAUAGUUGGUUCUGCCAACCUGAACGACCGAAGCCAGCUGGGCACACACGACUCUGAGAUCGCUCUUAUGGUUCACGAUCCUACGCCUGUACAGUCCUCAAUGAACGGCCGGUCUUGGAUGGCAAGUCGAUUUGCAGCCUCGCUCCGACGCCAGCUCUUCAGGAAGCAUCUCGGCUUAAUCCGUCCGCAGGACUAUGAGCGCCAGUCCCACAAUCUUGAGCCGGUCGGCACGCCGAAUGACUAUGACUGGGGUACGCCGGAGGAUAAUCUCGUCGCAGACCCGCUAUCAGACACUUUCCUGGCCAUGUGGAACUCGCGGGCAAGGACGAAUACGGAGGUGUUCCGGAAGGCUUUCAGAGCGCUUCCAGACGACAAUGUCCAUACGUGGAGCGACUACAAGGAGUUCUACGAGUACUACUUCCACGGAGCGGAACAGAAAGCUGACGGCAAAGCCACAUAUAGAGCGCCGCCCAAGGUCGCGUACGGUCAUGUAGUUAGAGAAGACUUUCCCGGAGGCGUUGGCGAACUGAAAGAGCUCUUGAGCAGAGUGAGAGGCACGUUGGUGGAGAUGCCGCUAACGUUCCUACAAGGGGAAGACAUCGCGAAGGAGGGUUUGACAUUGAAUGCUCUGACUGAAGAGGUAUAUACCUGA